AUGCGGAGCCGCAAAAUGGCGUAUGCGAUGCGCAGCAGUAAGGACGGUUUCAAGAUAGGCGCUCUUGCUGUGGUGCAUCGACUUCAUUUCGACGCUGAAGGCCCGUCGGGUGAAUUCUUUGGAACUGUGGAACGCUCCUUGCUUUCCGGCUGGGGGCUGUGGAAGCUCGGAUUCCGAGGGCACGAGGUCCUGUGUCCUGGUGCGGCGGUGGAGACCCUUAAUGGAGCUCCAGGGUAG